GGCGGCGCGGCUGAGCCCCCCAGCCCCGCUGAGCCGCCGGCCCCGCCCGCCGCCGCCAUGGCCGGUAAGCCCCGCAGCGGCUGCGAGGCGCUCCGGGUGGUGGCCCGGUGCCGGCCCAUGAGCCGGCGGGAGGAGGCGGCGGGAUACGAGCGCGUCCUGGAGCUGGACGUGAAGCUGGGCCAGGUGAGCAUCCGCAACCCCCGCGCCGCCCCGGGGGAGCUGCCCAAGACCUUCACCUUCGACGCCGUGUACGAYGCCAGCUCCAAGCAGGCCGACCUCUACGACGAGACGGUGCGGCCGCUCAUCGACUCGGUGCUGCAGGGCUUCAAUGGCACCGUCUUCGCCUAUGGCCAGACCGGCACCGGCAAGACCUACACCAUGCAGGGCGCCUGGGCGGAGCCGGAGAAGCGCGGCAUCAUCCCCAGCGCCUUCGAGCACAUCUUCACCCACAUCUCCCGCUCGCAGAACCAGCAGUACCUGGUGAGGGCCUCGUACCUGGAGAUCUACCAGGAGGAGAUCAGGGACCUCCUCGCCAAGGACCAGAGCAAGAAGCUGGAGCUGAAGGAGAACCCCGAGACCGGGGUGUACAUCAAGGACCUUUCGUCCUUCGUGACCAAAAACGUCAAGGAGAUCGAGCACGUGAUGAACCUGGGCAGCCAGAYGCGCUCGGUGGGCAGCACCAACAUGAACGAGCACAGCUCGCGCUCCCACGCCAUCUUCCUCAUCACCAUCGAGUGCAGCGAGACGGGGCCGGACGGCGAGGAGCACAUCCGCGUGGGCAAGCUCAACCUCGUGGACCUGGCCGGUAGCGAGCGCCAGAACAAAAUGGGRGCCCACGGAGAGCGCCCCAAGGAAGCCUCCAAAAUCAACCUCUCCCUCUCGGCCCUGGGCAACGUCAUCUCGGCGCUGGUGGACGGCCGGAGCACGCACAUCCCCUACCGGGACUCCAAGCUCACCCGCCUGCUGCAGGACUCCCUCGGGGGCAACGCCAAGACAAUCAUGGUGGCCACCUUGGGCCCGGCCUCCCACAGCUAUGAUGAGAGCCUCUCCACCCUCCGGUUCGCCAACAGGGCCAAGAACAUCAAGAACAAGCCCCGGGUGAAUGAGGACCCCAAGGACACCUUGCUGCGGGAGUUCCAGGAGGAGAUCGUCCGGCUGAAAGCUCAGCUGGAGAAACGCGGGAUGCUGGGGAAGAAGAGGAGAAGGAGCAGCCGGAGGAAGAAAGCGAUGGAUGGAGAGGGUGUUGUGGACAAUGAAGGGGAGGACGAGAACGAGGAUGGCCUGGAGAAGAACAUGGAGAAUUACUUGAAGGAGCAGAAGGAGAGGCUGGAAGAGGAAAAAGCCGCCAUCCAGGAUGACCACAGCCUGGUGAGCGAGGAGAAGCAGAAGCUGCUCCAGGAGAAGGAGAAGAUGAUCGAGGACCUGCGGAAGGAGCAGGAGGCCACGGAGCUGCUGGCCAUCAAGUACAAGGUUUGUGUUGCCACACGUG